UUGUCGGCAACGCCGAGGCGCGGGGCGUCGACUCACGAGCAAGAAGGAAAGUGGGCUCAGAUCCUGGGGCAACGUGAUUUAUUUGGUAAAGGAACGCAGGAUCUGAAGACCUGCAUUUUUAAGGUCAUCUGCACCUGGGAAGAGAUGGUCAACGUCUUGAAAGGAGUGCUGAUAGAAUGCGACCCUGCCAUGAAGCAGUUUCUGCUGCACUUGGAUGAGUCAAAUGCCCUGGGGAAGAAGUUCAUCAUCCAAGACAUUGAUGACACUCAUGUCUUCGUAAUAGCCGAGUUGGUUAAUGUCCUCCAGGAGCGAGUAGGUGAAUUAAUGGACCAGAAUGCUUUCUCUCUCACCCAAAAGUGAGAAUAUCAGAUAAUGACCUCUUAGGAAUCACAAAUAACAAACAUGAGAAAAUAUCACCAUUCAAUAUCCUAUGUGACUGAUGAGAGAAUUGCUAAGGAGCAUGCUAAAGGAAAAACUGGUGUCAUUUGUUCAGAAAAAAGCCCCUGCACUGAUUUUCUUCCUCUUUUUUCAGUACAUGUACCCUAGAAUUUUUUUAAAAAGCUCUAACUGUUGGCUGUAGUUUGGCUUUCACUAUCCUUUAUUAAAAUAUAAAUGUAA